CAUGGAGAAAUAUGGGAAAUUUGUUUAUGUUGGCAUAUGUAGGCCUUCAAGAGUUGUUUUUGUUUGCUUUUCUCACUAAGUAUAUAAGCUUAGGAAAAAUACCCCAUUCGUAGUAUCAGACUGAUUCCUGUGUAAACAUGUUCUCAAAGGUAGCUGCUUUUUGUUUAGUUCUAGGUGUUGCCAACGCCAGUCUAUUGGCUCCAGUUCAUUUGAUUAACACUGGAGUGAGUGCUCGCUCUCAAGUACAAGAUAAACAUGGAAACUAUGCUUUCGAAUAUGACAUCAAGGACGGGAAAGGAGCCACCAACUCCAGAUCUGAAGUAGGAGAUGCUCAUGGAAACAAGAAGGGAUCCUACACUCUCGCUGACAUCGAUGGACGAGCAAGAAAGGUUGAAUACGUUGCCGAUGGACAUGGAUUCAGAGCUGUUGUCAAGACCAACGAACCUGGUACCGCUCACAGUGCACCAGCCGCUGCUGUCAUCGCUAGUCCAUACGCUGCUCCUGCUGAUAUCGCACACGCUGCACCCAUCGCUCAUGUUGCACCCAUGAUGGGACAUGGUAUUGCCGCUCCAAUGAUUGCUGCCGCUCCAGUAGCUUACGGGGGAGUUAUUGGACAUGCUGGUCUUGGACUCGGAUAUGGUGCUGGUUUGGGUUAUGGAAAUGGUCUCGGAUUAGGCAUGGGAGUUGGAAUGAAAGGAAUGUGGUAAUUCAUAUGCUGUGGUAUUUAUUCGUAUAAGGUCUUUAAGUAUACUAUGUUGUGAAAUAAAUAUUGUAAAUUGUA